ACUGCGGACACAGUACAGGGGAUGACCAGAGACUGCGGACACAGUGCAGGGGAUGACAGAGCCUGCGGACACAGUACAGGAGAUGACCAGAGACUGCGGACACAGUACAGGAGAUGACCAGAGACUGCGGACACAGUACAGGGGAUUACCAGAGCCUGCGGACACAGUACAGGGGAUGACUAGAGACUGCGGACACAGUACGGGAGAUGAUCAAGAGACUGCAGACAGUAGAGGAGAUGACCAGAGACUGCAGACAGUACAGAAGAUGACCAGAGACUGCAGACAACAGUACAGAAGAUGACCAGAGACUGCAGACAGUAUAGGAGAUGACCAGAGAAUGCAGACAGUACAGAAGAUGACCAGAGACUUCAGACAACAGUACAGAAGAUGACCAGAGACUGCAGACAGUAUAGGAGAUGACCAGAGAAUGCAGACAGUACAGAAGAUGACCAGAGACUUCAGACA